UGUGCUGUUCUGCUCCUGUGCCCGGUGGUUUGGCUCCUCGGGAUGUUCUCCUUUCUUGCCUCCUGCUGCAGACAAAACCCCCAAACCCAAACAUCCCAAUCCAACCCCAAAUCCCACCAAAUGCCUCCUGUCCAAUAAUGCUUGCUGCUCUCCUCCUCUAGCUCCCACUCGAGCUUCCUUAUCGCCGCAUUGCGAGGCCGGCGGCGGCCGCGGGCAGCGCCUUAUCCUAGAACUGCCGGACUUUGAUUCUUGGGCGCCUGUUUUGGAAUCUUUCUUUUUACCGCUGUUUCUGAGGUUUUGGGGCCAUUUCGUGAGGUGGGCGCUGGCAAAAUUCGAUAUUGCGGAGUCAUUAAGGUUUUCCUCCCUCCGUUGGAUCCUUGGUUCACCGCCGCCGCCUCUUCCUCGGUCUGGUGGAGUGCAGGGGAGCGGAGAUCCAUCCGCAGGUUAUGUUUGGUACCCAGAAUAGGGUAGAAAGAUUUGGUACCCAAGGCGAAAUUCAUUUUGCAGAAUAAUUGGAGAUCAGCUGAACCCCUACCAGUGGUGGAUUUAGAACUAAAAUUAACUUAUGACGGAGAAGUUGAUCUUACUCUCUUCAAUUAAAAAAUAGAUGACAUUUUGUACAUUAUAUAAACUGUAUUUAGAAAUAUUUUUAUAAUCUUACAAAUUUCUUAGAUUCUAUACACAUAGUCUAAAAGAAAAUGAGUGGUAAAACAAUCUACACAUAUAAUUUUUAUAUUCGAAUAAAUAUUUUAAAAUUUUGAUCGGAUAUUUUUCAAAACAUAUUAUCGUCACGGCUCUCGGUGCUCUCCAACACAACACAAUUAGCCUAUUUCCGUCACGGCUUCGGCCUUCUUCCUGCCGCACGCGUCGCGCAUUCGACGGGCGGAGCUCUCGGUCUCGGCUUCUGCCUUCCGCACGCAGCUUCCCAUCGCAACGAUUGCUCAAGCACAUUGAGCUUUGGAGAUGAAGAGCCUUUUUUGCUGCUGUUGAAGCAUUACUGUGUGAGCUUGACCUUUUUCCAAUGGAUAAGCAGAGCAAUCCCAAGAAUGGGGAAAUGGGGAACAAUGUGUUUCACAGGAUGAUUCUUAAUCAGAUUGCUGGGGACAUUGGUCUCGACGAGGAGAAUGCGCCUUGCAAUACUCCGAGAAACUCCGUUCACUUGCCGUUCAGUGGCUCGUCAAGUAGGGUUGUUGCUUCUACUAGUGGCAGCCGCAACACAGAUUCAGUGAGCCCAGGCGAGUAUGUGAGGGAUCCUGGAUCGAUAUUGAGUUUACAGCCUUGGAUCUUUAGGAAAAGCGGCUCACAGAACAAAGAGGAAAUGCUUAGUGGUAGUAGGGCGGUUGGUAAAGGCAAGAAUCUGGUGGAUGGCUUUCAAGAUGGUAAAGCUGUUGAAGUCUCUCCAAGGAGUCCUGGUCUUGGUUCUGGGCCUGGACGAGGUUGUGGAGCUCUUAGGAGCAGAAGAACUCGUAGGCAUUUUAUCAAGCCACUUGUGCCAAUGGAAAACCCAUACAUUCCGCAACUUUACAGUGAGAACUUUGAAAUUGAAGAAUGCACGUUUGCUCCAGUUCCCUCCCCAGCUUCUGCUAGGCCAUUCAUUGUAACAGAUGGGAGAAAAAUAAUUAGUAAACAACGCUAUGAACCAGUUCCCGUACCCUUUAAUAUUGGAUUCGACAAGGAGGUAUGUAGAAACAACUCAAGAAUGCCAGGAAGUGUGAUUGGGAUCACUCCUCUACCUGAGGUGAAGAAAUUGAAAAAGGAGGGCAGAGAACCACACAAUGCAAGGCUGGGUCUGUCUGGUUUUCAGAGAAGUAUCAAACAAUCAGGACAAGCAGGUUUACGUGAUCGAAUACUCAUCUUGUCUACCGGGGUGAGCAUCGGUAUUCUAUCAUCUUCUCUGUCAAACAAGAAGGAACUUGAUACGUUGAAGGGCUCACUGAAGCAAAUGGAGAACUUGGUUCAAGAUUUGCAGGAUGAGCUGGAGAUGAAAGAGGGUUUAACUGUAAAGGAAUUGCAUAAUGAAACUUCUGACGAACGUGAAGACGAUAAUAGCAAAGCACGCGUAGUUGAUUCAGAGCCAAUGAGCAAAAUUGAAGCUGAGCUUGAAGCCGAGCUUGCAAGAUUGGAACUGGGAAUCACUUCAAAACGCUUGGAAGAAGAAACAUCAGUCUUCAAUGAGGUUGACCAGGAGUUCAUUGGAGACGUUGUUCAGGGGGAACUGAAAGUUGAUAUGGUUCGUCGUGAUCUUACGGAUUACAGCAUUGAAAGUGACCAUGGCAGGGAUAGCAGAGAAAGUUCCCCAGAUUGCACACAUGGUACAAACUAUCCCGUCUCGCCUAGGGAUCUCAGCAUUCGUCUCCACAAGGUGAUUCAACAUAGGCUUGAAGGCCGAAUCAAGGAGCUCGAGUUAGCACUUGCCCAGAGACAUAAGCAGGCACAACUGCAGAUGAUGGCGACUGAGCGAAUCUUCUCCGAACGAGUCUGCUCAAACAGUGAGUCAGGUUCUUCUUCCAACCAUGAAAGUCCCAUGUUCAUACAAGAAACUAGCUCCUUGGCAGAACCGUAUUGUCUAAACCUAUCUGGAGAUGCACUAGAAGCUUAUGAUGAAGCUUAUGAAGAAUUCAUGAGGAUUGCCGACUCCCCUUGCACGACAAGUACAAACGGGAAGCCUCAGGUAAAUGAAGAUUACUUGGUGGACCGUGGCUUGAUCUGGGGCAUGGAGGAGGACAGUGCUAGGAAGUUGAAAGAAGUGCUCCCUUGGGAGCGAAUUGUGAAGAGUGGAAAUCCUGAUAGAGCUCAAGAGAGUGAUGGAGAUGAUGAAGACGAGUCCGACGACGAUGACCAUGAUAGUAAACUGCUGAUUCAGCAAAUUGUAGAGAGAACUAAACAGGGUUCACCUGUACUCAUUAAUGCUCAAAAACUUUUGUUUUCGGUGGAUCAAUAGGUCGCUGGGCUAUACACCAUUGCAUUUGAGAUAUAGCAUGUAGUGUCAAAUUAUUGUUGAGAAAAGGAAAAAUAUUGAUUGUUUUGAGCC